UAAUUAAAACAAAAAGAUGAAACGCAAUUUAAAAAGGCACAUCUUUUUUUUUUGUCCUUCACAGAGAGAGGAAAGGAGGGGAGCAUUAAAAAGGAAAAAGAAAAGAGAGAGAGAGGUUAAGGCUUAAGGUGUGAAAUUUCGUGGUUCGUCUGUUUUUCUUUUUAAUGGCGGAAGUAGAGAAGCAAGACAAACUUGCUGUAAAUGGAGGCAAAAGGGAAGAAGAAGAGACGCUGUUAGAAGGAAUGGCGGUGUUGGAUUUCGACAUGCUAUGUUCCACGGUGGCUUUGCAAACGCAAGGCAAAUGGAGGAAACUUGAAAGCGCCGAGGAUCCUUUAGAACAAGGAAACGCCGACUUCGGUGGUGUUUUGAGGAUGUGGGAAGGUGAAGUUGUUCUUGAUUUCUUGGAGGACCGCCGCCUCGCUCUCGAAUCUGCCUGUUGCCCCUGCUAUAGAUUUGGGAAGAACAUGCGGCGGGCUGGUUUAGGAAUUUGUUUGCUUCAGGGAACUGUUUAUUUCAUCCUCGCAGUCACUGCUAUUCUCAACUUUGUUGCCUUCUUCGUUACCAAGCGGAAUUGCUUUCUGUAUUUGGCUGUUACUUUCAUCUUGUCUAUUGGAGCAUAUUUGGGUUUCUUCCGUAGACAGAUAAAAAGAAAAUUCAAUAUUAGGGGCAAUGAUAGCUUAUUGGAUGACUGCGUCUACCAUCUGAUCUGUCCUUGCUGUACACUAUCUCAGGAGUCUAGAACAUUGGAGAUGAACAACGUCCAAGAUGGUACAUGGCAUGGUCGUGGUGAUAUAUGCAUAGGAAGCUAUGCUGAAGGCACCAAGCCGCUCUUUGGGCUACACCCUCCUCCUACCAUGUCAAUUAAGACCCCUGAACCCUGCAGCAUGCAAAAUGGUCUAAAUGGCGAUGAUAAUGGUCAAACAUGAGAAGCUUACUCAAAAGAUGUAGGCCAAUUUUAGGUGUGAAAGAGAAAUUCAAACAUCCGAGUCAAUUUAUUCUUUGAUGGAGCGAUGUUGCAGAGGUGGAUUUAGAGAGCAAAGCUUGUGCAGCUUGGAUCAUCGAAUCCUGCAGGAAGGAAGGGAGAUCCAGAAGCAUAACAGUGCUUCCAUGUGCAUAGAAGGAAACUACUUUGUUUCAGUUUGGGGGAGUUUUAGGACAUCCGAUCCAUCUUUAGAUAUCAUUUUCACUUUUCUCAGAACACAUUGAGCCUAUUAGAGAACACCUUUUUCACCUCGAUUGAUUAGAGAACACCUUUUUCACCUUAAUUGUUCUAGAUGUUCCUCUCUGAAAUGUAUAUUAUCUUUAUUCUAAAUAAUAGCUUGGAAAUAGGUUGGUCA